GUUAUUGACGUAAUCACAUCCCUAGGACGCGUACGUAUGACUCCUAGCAACCUUUUCUUAUUUUGAAAUUGCAUCGAGACUGAGAAACAGUUCAGGUAUAUGAGCUGAUUAUGACUUUAGGCCGUAAUGAAGAUGUUGAUCCAUAUCUGCGAUCUCUGGCUACUGCUGUGGCGAGUAAAUCGGAACAUAUUGCUCCAGAAGUCAUAGUAAAGUUAAAAGAUAUCCUACAUAGAAAAUCUGUAGAGGGCAGCGAAGAACUUAGAACAUUUAAGCAAGAUCUGUACACAACUGAGAUACUUCAGUAUUGUUCAGAUGCCCUUACUUACAACUAUGACACUGUUCAAGGAGGGUAUGAAACAGCUGUGAAUAUCGCAGAAAUUGUCAGCACAUGCUGUGUUGGUCUUGAUGGCAUUAAAAAAAGAGAGAAAUUUCAUAAGCAGUUUCUUCCAUUAGCUGCAGACAAUUUAAGUUCUCUGGCAGUUUGCAUAAUGGACGCAGCAUUGGAGGCAAAGAAAUCAGCUAGUAUUAUUCAUUUUGGGAAAAUUAUGGACUCGAUUUUUUGGCUUUUAAAGGGACAUGGGCAAUUAAUUCAGCAUGUUCUUCAGUCGAAAUAUUAUGAGAAGAUUCAGCUCUGUGACAAUGAAGAAAUUGGCAAAAUUUCAUUAUUAUUUCUGCAACAUCUCAUUGAAUCAAAUAGUGAGUUUUUUAUUGAAAUAAGACAUGGAACCCUAAAUGCCAUUUUGGAUGACAUUGUGUACAAAUUGGGCUGCAGUUCCAGUUCUGUUACCUGCAGCAUGGCAAUAAAUACAUUGCUUUUAAUUGCAAGAAAAUCACACUCUGUUGCAGAGCUCAUAUCUGGCAAAUACGAAGGUCUCAAAGCCAUGUUGAAAAAUGAUUGGAAUGGCAAGGGGUUUGAUGCUGAGGUGGAGCAGCUUAGUGAUUUGCUAUACCCUGAAGUUCAACAUAAAGAAGCUUCUCUGCUAUUGGUUGAGCGGGAAACCAAGGCUGCAUAUGUGAUUCAAGCAACGUGGAGAGGCUUUCAGACAAGGAAAAGAAUGAAAACCCUCUCAAAGGCUGCCGUCACAUUUCAGAGAAAAUUUAGGGAAAUGAGGCAGCAACAGAAGUUGCAAUCUGAAAAGAAGAAGGCAGAGGAAGAUUUCUUAUUCCAGGUGCACCUCCGUAGGCAGAGGGCCCAGUGCCAAUUCAGACAACGACAGCUGUACCUGCUGGAGAUAGUCCCUGCAGACCAGAUGGACAGGUAUCUGUGUGAAGUGGAGCACAGAGCUGCUAUAAAUAUACAGAAGGUAUGGAGAGGAUACAGAGAGAGGAAGAACUUUCAGCAGCAGAAGCAAGCACUGAAGAAGUCCAAAGCAGCAGUCAUCAUACAGAGAGCGGCACUGGCUUUUCUGAAGCGGAGGAGGGCUAUGAGGCAGCAGCUCUCUCCGUGGAGGGGAACUAGGCAUUUGACUGACACUAUAAGAACAGACCUAACAAAAGAAGUCAAAGAAUACAUCACACUUCAUCCUUCUAAUCUGGUCUCAAUGGAGAGCUGCACGGAGCUUCAUCUGAAGACGCAGGAGCUCCUGCUGCAAAACCUGAUGAAGAAGGACAAGGACCAGAGAGCUGAGCAGCACAGACAAGCUCUUCUGGCUCAAAUUAACACAGACAUUGAGCUACUGAUGAGUGCUCCUCCUCUGAGAAACAGCUCAGGAUUAGAUGUAGAUGCCUACCUCAGCAGGUCUGCUCCAGUGGCCUCCUGGGCCAGGCAGUCGCACAGUACAGUGCUUCAGGUGUCUCGCAGUCCGUGGUGGAUGAAGUUUGGGGAAACAUUUUCAGAUCACGAAUUUUGAGAGCCGGAAGUAGAUGUUCAUAAUCAUAUAGGGCUUCCCUAUAGCAUUUUCUUCUUUUUGUUUGCAUUCUCAGAUACUGUAUUUCAUUUUUAGUUUAAUCUGUCUCCUUGGAGUUAAUCCUGGCUAACACAGGGAAGUGGAACACCCUGGAUAGACUGUCCUUUGAUUGCAGGGAAAAGGUUAAUGUGUUUUUUAUUUCAUUGGAUAUAAAUUUCUCUUAAUAUUUCAGAAAUACUGUAAGACAUAUUGUAAGUACCGUUUAUUUUAUUGGUAUCCUGUUGAUUGUUGACACAGAAGCUGAGAGACAACCUCUCAAUACAUGAGCACAUCUCUGACAUCUUGAUAAAUUAGUUUUUAAACUUUUUUGGGAAGCACAAAAUGUAAUUGCUAUGUGACAUUCUAUGUGAAAAAUGUCUCUGUCCAAUCACAAGAGAGGAAAACAACACUUGAUGGCAUGCUGUGUUCAAAUAAAGGCUAGUUCUUCCCAGA